AUGGAGGCCUCGCCCGCCCAUCCCGGCGGCGACGUCGCGACCGUGCGCGUGACGUACCGCGGCGACGUCGUCGUCGCGACGCUCGCGCGCGACGCGACCGUCCGCGACCUCGGCGCGGAGCUCGAGCGCGCGACGGGCGCGUCGCUCGCGACGCAGAAAUUGCUCGGCGUCAAGAGCGGACCUCGCGCGACCGCGGGCGUGCUCGUCCCGUCGCGCGAGGCGGACGGCGCGCUUCUCGUCGCCGCCGUGGCCGGCCUGUGCGACGCCGCGAAGCCGCUCAUGCUCAUGGCGACGCCGCGAGAGGAGAUCCAGAGGCUUCACGACGCGGAAGGGGUGGACCACCGCGUCCGCGGGUUCGACGACGAGGCGAAGCGCCAUCGACGACGGCAGCGCUCGCAUCGCUCCAGAUCCGGCGCGUCGGCGGCGUCCGCGUCGGGGCCGCCGUCCGCGGCGCUUCACCCGUACACGUUCGGCGCCUACCGCGCGCUGCCGAUCCCGCCCGUCCUCCUCGCGUCCGGCGCUCCGCCGGCGUCCGCGGCGCUGUCGCUCCUGCACAGACUCGCGUCGGACCCGGGCGUCCUCGGCGUCAUGCGAACGCACAAAUGGAAAGUAGGCCUCCUCGCGGAGAUGCCGCCGGAGGGGAAAGUCGGCGUCUCCGAGUCGUGCGUGCUCGGGUACAACGUCAACAUGGGCGCGGAGAUACACCUGCGGCUGCGCACGGACGACCUGCGAGGGUUUCGACGGUACGGACGCGUGCGAGAGACGCUGCUGCACGAGCUGACGCACAACGUACACGGCGCGCACGACGCGAAAUUCAAGGCGCUGUGCUCGCGGCUGAACGUCGAGUGCGCGCGGUUCGAUUGGAAGCGCGGCGGGAACGGCGCGGCGCGUCUCGGAGGAGGAGGCGGGGAGAGUAUUGGCGGUUUCGCGUCGGACGGCGAGGAGUCGUGGUCCGAGGACGAGGCGAUGGCGGCGACGAGGGCGAGCAGCGGGAACGCGUUGGGCGGCGGCGAAGGCGGCGGCGGCGGAGGCGGAGUUUUGGGGUCGGCUGCGGAGAACGCGGCGAGGGCGGCGGCGGCGAGGGCAGCGGAGUGCGCGGAGCGCGAGAUGGCCGAUCUCGCGCGGGACGCGAUAGACGCCGCGGCGGCGUCGUUCGACGGACGCGGCGGCGACGGAGGCGACGACGACGACGACGACGACGCGAUGGAGGCGGGAGAAGAAGAAGCGGCGGCGGCUGUCGCGGCGGAAGAGGAAGGACGGUGCGACUGCGGCGCGUGCUCGGGAAGCGGCGGUCCCUUUCGGAUUCCGCCGGCGUGCUUACGUCGACCCGCGAGCGAGCUCGGCGUCGUCGUCCCCACGGCGGACGUCGCCGCCGCGGCGCUCGCGGCGCCGGCGGCGGCGUCGGACGAAGAAGCAGAGUUCGAAACGGAAGCGAACGCGAACGCGGCCGAGGCGAGAGACGACGAAGCGCUCGCGGCGGUCGCGGCGUCGCUGGACUCGUCCGCGGCGGCGGCGCACGCCGCCGCGGCGGCCGUCGCCGAGCGCGCGGCGGCGGCGUGCGCGGCGAUGUCGUCGUCCACGUCGGUCGUCUCCGAGGUUGUCGUCGCGCUGGACACGAUCGCGCUCAUCUUGGGCAACGCGCUGAGCGCGCCGAAAGGGCCGAGCGGGGAUAAGUUUCGAUGCAUCAAGCAAAACAACCCCGCGUUCGUUCGCCGGGCCGGGCGUCUGCGCGGCUCGACGGAGUUGUUGCGCGCCGCCGGGUUCGCACCGAGCGGCGCCGACGGCGGGGAGUUGAAACUGACCAGGGACGACCCGGCGUUGCUGUACGUGGUGCGAUCGGCGGUUUGCGACGCCGUGGAACGCGCGCGCGCGAGAUGUUAG